GUUAUCGAUCAACGGGUAUAAAUACAUGUAAUGCUGGGCACUGUAUAUUCUCAAUUCGAUCUUACAGUUGAACAGGUGUACCCUAUCAUUACAAUGAUGUUCAAAGUGUGUCUUGCUUUGCUCUUUGUGGUAUCUGUACUGGGUCAAGACCUCUUUGCGGCAGGGUUUGGAUGUCAGAACGAGGGGCAAACAUGCAAUUGGAUGAAUGGUAACACCUGCUGCAAUGGCUUGACGUGUCAGUCGGGUUUGGGUAACAUUCAAAUAUGCAAGAGGAACAUUGGCGGCGGUAUUGGUGGCGGUAUUGGCGGCGGUAUGGGGUGUCGCCUCCGUAACGACGAAUGCAAGAUUAACGGCAUCAGUGCCAUGAGAUGUUGUGCAUCCCUUCGCUGUAUGCCUGGAUACAUGAACAGGAUGACUUGUCAGUAGAUGUAAACUGAUACUUUGACAUCUCUCUAUAGCUUGAUGUGUGUGCACAAAUUGCUUGACAAUAAAAGUGAUUUCAAACAUUU